AAUGAGAAAUUUGAUAAUUUUUGGAUUGAUUUUGAAUUCAAUAUUGUGCUUAAAUCCAAUAGAAGAUGAAGUAAAGGAAUGGCCAUUUUAUCCAGAGUAUAAUUUUAAAACUUACAGCGGAUUUGUCGAUACAUAUGAAGGGAAAUAGAAAAUCCAUUAUAUAUUUAUGGAAAGCAUUGAAAGUCCUGAGAAUAAACCACUGAUUGUAUGGUAUGGGGGUGGGCCAGGAUGUUCUUGUAUGUUGGGUUUGAUUUCAGAAAUAGGGCCUUAUGUAAGAGAAAAAUUUAGUUAAGAAUUUGUCUAUACUGAAAAUCCAUAUUCCUUACACAAAUUGGCAAAUAUAUUAUAUUUAGAUAUUCCCGCUGGAGUAGGGUAUUCUGAGGUUCACGAUGAAGAUUAUGAAUGGAGUGAUACAAAUACAGGAAUUGAUUCAUAUGAAGCAAUAAAAACUUGGCUAGAGGGAUUUUAAGAUUACAAAGACAGAGAAAUGUGGAUAGGAGGAGAAUCGUAUUCAGGUAUGUAUGUGCCUUGUACUGCAGAAGUAAUUGUGAAGAAAAACAAAGAAGGAAAAAAUAGAAUUAACUUGAAAGGAAUACUUGUAGGAAAUGGUGUUUUGGUAAACGAUGAUGACUUUUUUGAUUUAUGGAAUAGAGAAUAUAUGAUUAAAAGAAAUUUUUACGACAUUGUAACAUAAAAUGUUAUGCAUAAUUCAUGUUUGAGAUCACCUUAAUCUGCAAGUUGUUAGAAAGCAUUGGAGACAUAAGCUAUAGUAAUGAAAGAUUUAAAUCCUUAUGAUGUGUAUGGAUAUUGUUAUGGAGAUUCCUCAAUAGAGUAGAAAGGGAGGUAUAGAACUAUUAGGGACUCUGAUGAGGCCCCAUGUAUAGAUGUUGGACCCUUAAAUAAUUUCUUUAAUAAUCCUGAAGUAAAGAAAAAAUUAAGAAUCCCAGAGGAGAGAACUUGGGAAGCCUGUAAUAUGGACGUCUUUUUUGGAUUUCACAGAGAUAAGGAUAGUCAUGUAUUGAUGAAAUAUCUCUUUGAAAAUGGGAUAAAAAUACUUCAAUACUCUGGAAAUUCAGAUGAUAUUGUAAGUAUUGAUUACACUCUUGCAUCCUUGAAACUUAUUGAUGGUAUUAAACUAAUAUCGAGAACGCCUUUCGCAAAUAAGGAGACCAGAUAAUUGGGUGGAUGGAUUAUGGAGUACAACUAUUUAACUCUUUAUAUUGUCAGAGGUGCAGGUCAUUUGGUUCCUUACGAUUAAAGGGCUAAUGCUUUCUAAAUGUUCCAAGAAUUCAUGGGCAGAUAAUGA